CCAUGGAUGUGUGUGAGGUGAAGGAGCCCGCGGUGAAAUACUUGGAGCCGGUGCCGGAGCCCGAGCUUCCUGUCCCGCCCCGGACCAGCCAGUAUUACCGAGUGCACCCGGGCGUCCCCGACAGAUUCGAGCACCCGGACUGCUUCCAGGGUUACAGAUCCCGACCAAUUAAUCCAAUAUAUCGGACAACCAACCAAGUUUAUGGGAGUCAGCAGCCAACUGUCCAUGAAAUGCCGACCAGCUACUUUGCAAUAUCUCGGAAGGUUUCGGAUCACUUAAGUAAAUGUGGAAUGUACAAAGACAAUGGAUUUAACGUGGGCCUGGAGAAAUCCCUGGUCACUGGGCCGGACAACCUCAUUAGGUUCCAGGACCGUCUGAACUUCCACCGCUCCUACUUUCAGGCUGGCCCAUCCGACACGGAGUAGUGGAUGCAAUUUCCUGCUGCUUCCUAAUGGACAUCCAGAUACUUCACCCAGUCCCUACAGUAGUUAGCUGUCGUUUCUUUGCAUGUCCCUUACCCAGUUGUAUAACAGUUUAAAUUCAUUGUAUUA